AUGGUCCAGACAUUGGAGGCACUAAUUUGUUUCACUUCUUUAAUUAUUUUGCAGUGUUGGAAUUUCGCAUUCUGUACCAUGGCUUCUUUGCUCUGUUCACAGAUAAAACUAAACAAAGUAUAUGUUAGGAGGCAGGUUCAUGAGAAUAGACUUACGAGAUUGCCCAACUCUCUUCAUUGUAGCCCCUUGCAGUUGGGCCACUUUAAAAACACUGCAUUGCGAUGCACUGAGAAUUUGCCUUGGGAGGCCUCUCUUCCGUAUGCUUCCGCAGAGGAUGAUGCCAGCAUCAUCAUGGGAACAAAUAUUGUUGAAGCUAUUGAUACAGAAGAAGCUCCAGAGAUUCCAAUCCUCCAGAGUGACCAGGAUGUUGUGGACGUGAAGAAUGAACCUUCUAAGCAGCUAGCAACAUUUAAGCUGCCAAUGUGGCUGUUAGGGCCUUCAGUUCUGUUGGUCACCGGUAUAGUUCCAACUCUGUGGCUGCCAUUGCCUUCAGUGUUCCUUGGCCCUAACAUCGCUGGCCUUCUAUCCCUAGUGGGACUCGACUGCAUCUUUAACAUGGGAGCAAUGCUGUUCUUCCUUAUGGCCGACGCGUGCGGGCGUCCAGAGAACAAUUCGUUCGACCUGACAAGGCAGAUCCCAACUUCUUACAGAAUGUGGAAUCUAAUCGCCAGCGUACUAGGCUUCGUUGCUCCUCUGGCCCUGCUUUUCGCGUCUCAUCAGGGAGCUCUGCAGCCGCAUCUACCAUUCAUUCCGUUCUUGGUGCUGCUUGGGCCAUACCUGUUACUACUUUCAGUGCAGAUGCUGACCGAGACGCUUACAUGGCACUGGAAAUCGCCUGUCUGGUUGGUGGCCCCCGUCGUUUACGAGGGCUAUCGGGUGCUGCAGCUGAUGAGGGGCCUCCAGCUGGCCGGCGAGAUCGCUGCGCCCGGGUGGAUGGUGCAGAGCCUUCGUGGCUUGGUGUCCUGGUGGGUGCUGGUCCUUGGGAUUCAGUUGAUGCGCGUUGCCUGGUUCGCUGGGCUCAGUUUCGCAAGCAAUCCGAGCUACGGAGUGAGCGAUGAUGUGAACAGAUAG